UAAUCGGACAGUAAAUCGUCAACCAACAACAACCUGAGACAGUAAAAAAGAGAGAAAUAACAGAAAACCAGUUUUAAACAAUAACAUUGCCUAAUUGUGUCCGCCGGAGAUGCUUAAGCGUGCCGCGAAGCUGCAGGCCUUGACCACAAUUCCCGCUGAUAAGAGAGAACUCAAGGGGUUGGCUUUUGGUUUGUUUUGUCUCUUGCAGGCAGCACAGCGAUACGGAAGCAACAAUUGAAACGUCCAGAACUCCUCCUCCCACGAGUAUUUAAAUUCUGACACAAGAGUGCCUGAACCAAAAUCCCACUCACCGAAUGCUGGUGCUUUGAUUUGCAACUGUUCCUAGGUUCCGGCUGAAUCCCUAGAUUUGCGGAUCUACGCAACUCAUUCACUCAAAAGCCAGCCGAAUUUAUCGCGCCAGAUUAAACAAACAGAAACAAAAAACAGAAGCCGAGACCAGUUCCACAUCGUGCCAUUUUUAUCUGGGCAUAUAGGCAGACGUGAUUACGUGAUUAGUGCGGCUGGGGCUGCCGUUUAUCAAUAGCGAGAGCAACAAUGGUUUCCUACUUCGUACCUCGUGGCCGCUUCCUGCUGAAGGCCGGCAAUCUCAGACAGGUGGUGCAGCAGCAGCAUCAGCCGGCCCAGCUACAGCUGCAGCCCAUUAAAGGACCACAGCCGCAGGCUCAGAAUGCCAGUCUGCCGGUGGCCCGUCACUUGCGCCAAUUCUCCUCGAAUCCAGCCUCCAAGGAGGCACCAUUACACCACCGGCGCCCGCAACAUAAACAACAACCGAAUCCUAGUCAGGAGUUAGCUCAGAUUCGGCGCAAUAUACUCUCACGGUGGACGGGCUUCCUGUUGCGUUGGGCUCCCAUGGGCAUCUGUGUGUUUGGCGCCAUCGAGUGGCAGUUGCAGAAGAACCGCUGCGAAAAGGAAGGAAAACCUCGGACAGCGUCCGAGCUCCAGUCGCGCAUUUACUGCUCCCUGCCACUGCGCAUAAUCAGCCGUUGCUGGGGCUGGCUGGCCGCUUGCUACUUGCCUCCCAGUCUGCGUCCCUACGUCUACGGAUGGUAUUCCAACACGUUUGAUGUUAAUUUGAGCGAGGCCAUGUAUCCGGAGUAUGAGCACUACAAUAGUCUGGCUGAGUUCUUUACCAGGCCACUUAAGGAGGGCGUUCGUGUCAUCGAUCAGCAGGCUCCACUGGUCUCCCCCGCCGACGGUAAGGUUCUACAUUUUGGCAGCGCCUCGGACUCGCUAAUAGAGCAGGUCAAGGGUGUUAGCUACAGUAUCGAGGACUUCCUUGGCCCGCUGGAGACUGUGGAGCAGGCAAAUUCCGGUGCCUCCUAUGCCCAGGCCCUCAAAAAGAAGAGCGAUGGUUCUACGGAGCUGUACCAGUGCGUGAUAUAUCUGGCUCCCGGAGAUUACCAUCGAUUCCACUCUCCUACCGCUUGGAAGCCCACCAUUCGUCGUCACUUCUCCGGCGAACUGCUGUCCGUGAGCCCCAAAGUUGCCGGCUGGCUGCCUGGUCUGUUUUGCCUCAACGAACGUGUGCUGUACAUGGGCCAGUGGAAGCACGGAUUCUUCUCCUACACCGCCGUGGGUGCCACAAACGUGGGAUCCGUCGAAAUCUACAUGGAUGCCGAUCUGAAGACGAACCGUUGGACUGGAUUCAAUGUCGGCAAGCAUCCGCCCAGCACCUACGAGUACGAUGAACUGGUCUUGAACAAAGAACUAACAGAAGCGCCCAAGGAAUUCGGCAAGGGGGAUCUGGUGGGCCAGUUCAAUAUGGGCAGCACCAUAGUCCUGCUCUUCGAGGCGCCAAAGAAUUUCAAAUUUGAUAUUAUCGCCGGUCAGAAGAUCCGCGUUGGCGAGUCCCUCGGCCACAUCGUCGGCUCCAAAUGAAAAUGGGAGCCACAAUUAUGUACCGAAUCAGUGCAAAGUCCUGUCCCCCAACUGCUCAGAUCACUUGUUGUAUUAGCAUUAGACGCUCGUGUCCUAGGCAAAUGUAUUUUGUGAACAUCCUGCGAAGCUAACUCUGUGUAUUGUUGCCAUUUCAGUAGUUUUAAGCUAUAUUUUAUACAAUAAACGUCGAAUUAUAUUUGAG